AGCGGUGCGAGGAAGACCAGUCACUUCAGUCAGGGAUCAGGACCCAAGUAUCAGCGCUCGACAUGGAGAUGUUCGCUAAACUCGCCUUCCCCGUCGUGAUAAUCUCCGUGCUGGUCGCUUGCAGUCCGACGGAGGCAUGGUACAAGCAGGUGGCCGGUCCAAGCUACUACUCGGUGGGCAGGGCGUCCGGCUUGCUGUCCGGUAUCCGGAGGUCACCGUACGUCAGGAGAGCCGAGCCGGAGCCGUCAGACAGCGCAGAGUCUGCGACCAACAGCGUCUUUUCUGAGUUCAAUCCGCAGAAUUUCAUCCUGAAGACGAUGCCUGUUUGUAUCAAAGACAUUACACCAAAUCUGCAGAGCUGUGAACUCUUCCAGGAACUCAAGGGUUCAUUUAAGUGCAAAGCGGACGUCUUCCUCUCUCUGGACUCCUCAGACUGUGCAGGAGACUGAGCAGUAAAGCCGACAGCAGGGCUGGAUGAUGAAGCCUACUUCUUGAAGGCGUUGCAUUUAAAAACUGUACCAUUUCAAGUUUAACACUGGUGUUGCACUAGAUGGAAGAUAUGCUACUUUUCAUUUACCAUUUCACCAAUUUAUUUAUUGAUUUUAUGAUAAACCUGUUACAACUUUACUCUGUAAAAGUAAUGUAUUAAUGUAUAUAUAUAACCUGAGUUUUCAUUAAUAAAUUAAUCAC